AUGGCGACGGUGCCUGUGUACUGCGUCUGCCGGCUACCCUACGAUGUUACCCGCUUCAUGAUCGAGUGUGACGCCUGCAAGGACUGGUUUCACGGCAGCUGUGUUGGGGUGGAAGAAGAGGAAGCACCAGAUAUUGACAUAUACCAUUGUCCGAACUGCGAGAAAACACAUGGGAAGUCGACUUUAAAGAAGAAGCGGAGCUGGCACAAACAUGAACAGGGGCCAAACCCUGAUGUCAAGCCUGUGCAGAACGGCAGCCAGCUCUUCAUAAAGGAACUGCGAAGCCGGACCUUCCCCAGUUCAGAGGAUGUGGUUGUCCGUGUGCCUGGCAACCAGCUCACGCUGGGCUACAUGGAGGAGCAUGGCUUCACUGAGCCCAUCCUUGUUCCCAAGAAGGAUGGACUGGGCCUGGCUGUACCAGCCCCUACUUUCUAUGUCAGUGAUGUGGAGAACUAUGUGGGUCCAGAACGGAGUGUGGAUGUGACAGAUGUGACCAAGCAGAAGGAUUGUAAGAUGAAGCUGAAGGAAUUUGUGGACUAUUAUUACAGUACAAACAGGAAGCGGGUCCUCAAUGUCACCAACCUUGAGUUCUCUGACACCAGGAUGUCCAGCUUUGUCGAGCCUCCUGACAUUGUGAAGAAACUCUCUUGGGUAGAGAACUAUUGGCCUGACGAUGCUUUACUGGCCAAACCCAAAGUGACUAAGUACUGCCUCAUCUGUGUGAAGGACAGCUACACUGACUUUCACAUUGACUCUGGGGGUGCCUCUGCCUGGUACCAUGUCCUCAAGGGGGAGAAGAUCUUUUAUCUCAUCAAGCCAGCAUCAGCCAAUCUCUCCCUCUACGAGCGCUGGCAGUCAGCCUCCAACCACAGUGAGAUGUUCUUUGCGGACCAGGUGGACAAAUGCUACAAGUGCACCCUCAAGCAGGGCCAAACACUGUUCAUCCCGUCAGGCUGGAUCUACGCCACCCUCACACCUGUGGACUGCCUGGCCUUUGCGGGACAUUUCCUCCACAGCCUCAGUGUGGAGACGCAGAUGAGAGCGUAUGAAGUGGAGAGAAGGUUGAAACUUGGCAGCCUGACUCAAUUUCCAAACUUUGAAACCGCCUGCUGGUACAUGGGAAAGCACCUGCUAGAGGCCUUCAAAGGUUCUCACAAAUCUGGGAAGCAAUUGCCUCCUCAUUUAGUCCAAGGAGCUAAAAUUCUUAAUGGUGCUUUCAGAUCAUGGACUAAGAAACAGGCUUUGGCAGAACAUGAGGAUGAGCUCCCAGAGCACUUCAAGCCUUCACAGCUCAUCAAAGACCUUGCCAAAGAGAUCAGACUCAGUGAGAAUGCCUCCAAAGCCACCCAACCAGAAGUAAACGCUGUGAUAUCUUCUGAUGAGGUCUGUGACAUGGAUAAAGGGAAGGAAGAGCCACUGUCUCCCAUUGAGACCACUCCAUCUCAGUCCCUUCUUGAAAAAGGGUUCAAAAAAAAGACUCCCAAAACUGUGAAGAUGCCCAAGCCAUCCAAAAUCUCCAAGCCCUCAAAAAUCCCUAAGCCCCCCAAAACACUGAGGAUUGACAGCAGCAAGAAGAAGGGGAAGAAGUGCAAAGAGACAGGGUCCCCCACAAUCCCCAAUCUGGACCUGCUGGAGGCACACACCAAGGAGGCACUGACGAAGAUUGAGACACCCAAGAAGGGCAAGGCUGCAAAGAAUGUUCUUAAUGUGCCCAGCAAGGAUGUGGCUAAUAAGCAAAACAGCAUGGACAGGUUGGAAAUCCGAGAGCAAACCAAGAGCAAGUCGGAGGCCAAGUGGAAGUAUAAGAACAGCAAACCAGACUCCUUGCUGAAAAUGGAGGAAGAGCAGAAACUGGAGAAGUCGCCUCCGGUGGGAAACAAAGACAACAAGUUCUCAUUCUCCUUUUCUAAUAAGAAAUUAUUGGGCUCCAAGGGCUUCAAGCCUCAGACGAGCCCCAGUGUUUUCGGGGCCCUGCAGAACCUGAAGGAGGACAAGUCCAAGCCUGUGCGGGACGAGUAUGAAUAUGUGUCAGACGAUGGGGAGCUCAAGAUUGAUGAGUUUCCUAUCAGGAGGAAGAGGAGCACUUCUAAGAGGGACUUAUCCUUUUUAUUGGAUAAGAAAGAAAUGCUUCAUGCACCCAUUAAGAAGCCAAAACUCGACUCAGUGUUUUACAAGGCGAGUGAUGACUCCUCUGAUGAGGAUUCUCUGCACAUUGACACGGAUGCCAAGCCCAGCCGUAACCUAAAAUCCAAGAAGGAGAGUGGGAACUCAGCAGUGGGCAUCCUGGACCUACUGCAGGCCAGUGAGGAGGUUGGUGCGCUCGAGUACAACCCUAACAGCCAGCCCCCAGCCUCGCCAAGCACACAAGAGGCAAUCCAGGGGAUGCUGUCCAUGGCCAACCUACAGGCCUCUGACUCCUGCCUGCAGCCAACCUGGGGUGCUGGCCAAGCCAAGGGCAACUCCUUGGCAGCCCAUAGCGCCCGGAAGAAUGGGAGCAGCAGCAAAAGUUCAGGGAAGCGGCUUUUGAAGAGGGCCACAAAGAACAGUAUGGACCUAGACGAAUACGAGGAGCAGGACCACCUGGAUGCCUGUUUCAAGGACUCUGAGUAUGUUUACCCCUCCUUGGAGUCUGAUGAAGACAACCCAGUCUUCAAGUCCCGUUCGAAGAAAAGGAAAGGCUCAGACGAUGCUCCCUACAGCCCCACAGCGAGGGUUGGCCCAUCCGUCCCACGGCAGGACAGGCCUGUGCGUGAGGGGACCAGAGUGGCCUCCAUUGAGACCGGGCUGGCAGCAGCUGCGGCUAAGCUCUCCCAGCAGGAGGAACAGAAAAGCAGGAAGAAAAAGAGCACCAAGAAGAAACUGGCUCCAGCCACCAACCCCCCAUCCACCUCUACCACCCCUGCCAACUCCGCCUCUUCAGCUUCCACCUCGUCAUCCUCCAUCUCCACCUCAGCCUCCACCUCGGCCUCCUUGGUCUCCACCACACCGGCGAGCACCAGCACAGCCAGCAGUCAGGCCUCACAGGAGAGCAGCUCACCUGAGCCCCUGCCAGAGGUGCCCAGUAGCAGCCUGGCAGACCACGAGUACACGGUGGGCGUGGGUGCCUUUGCAGGGGCCCAGGCUGGCCGCACCUCCCAGCCCAUGGCCCCAGGUGUCUUCCUCACACAGAGGCGACCCUCUGCCUCAUCCCCCAACAACAACACUGCUGCCAAAGGUAAACGUACAAAAAAAGGCAUGGCCACAGCCAAGCAAAGGCUUGGAAAAAUUUUGAAAAUUCAUCGGAACGGAAAACUGCUCCUUUAA